AUGCCUUACAUUCCCACCGGUAAAGACCGUGACUCCUACAUUUCAGGGGUCCGUCCAGGCUGCAAGUUUGGGGCUAUGCACGAUGUUAGCAAGCGUCGGGACAACUUGCCAGAACAUGUCUUUGCUCCAAUUCGUGACCAGGUGAUUCAAGAAGAACGCUUGCGGCUGGUGGAUGAAGAGGCGCGAGCUAAUGUACGGCUGCAGUUGUUCUCAGGUAAAAAAGGUAAGCGCAUGGCAGGUGGCGCCGACGGAGAUGAACGCCAAGAGCUUGAACGCGUGGAAAAUGUUGAGUCCGUUCGUGCGCGGCAUCGAGCGCUGCUGGAGUUGUACUCUGUAGAGAGAGAGCAGUGGAGGAUGGAGCUAGAAAAGCGCGGGUUGACCAUGGAAAUGUAG